UGCGCGGCUGGUGAACGGGCGCAGACCGGGCGCAUUCCUCAACAGCAGUUCAGUCUCCUGCCUACGCUCACUCACGUUCAGGAUCGUCGGUGCUCUUCACAACGGCAAAAUAGGGGCACCCGGACGAUUUGGCUUUCGCUGAGCCUCUCGGAGCUGCAAAUUACUGGAUUGACCAGCGGAAUAAAAAUUGUCUUCUGAAUCCAGAGCGACGAUGUCGGAGUUCCUGGUAAAUCUACUCGGAGAGCGACUCGUCAACAGCGAGAAAGCCGAGGUGGACGUGCAGGCGCUGGGCGCUAAGAUCUCCCUGGUCGGGCUGUACUUCGGCUCCAGUUUCAACGCCCCCUGUAAGCAGUUCAAUCCCAGCCUUUGUGAGUUUUACAGCAAGUUUAAAAAAUCAUCGGAACACAAGGAUAAAUUGGAAAUCGUCUUCAUCUCGUCUGAUCAGGAUCAGAAACACUGGCAGGACUUCUUGCAGGAGAUGCAAUGGCCGGCUUUGCCUUUUAAAGACCGACACAAAAAGAUGAAGCUGUGGAACAAGUAUAAGGUGACCAGUAUCCCCUCGCUUGUGUUUGUGGAUGCAGCCACAGGAAAGGUGGUGUGUCGGAACGGUCUGCUGGUGGUAAGAGACGACCCUAAAGGUCUGGAGUUCCCGUGGGGCCCAAAGCCAUUUGCAGAGGUUGUGGAUGGACCCCUGCUCAGAAGUGACAGGCAGACCACUGAUAGCAGCUCCCUGGAGGGCUCCUGUGUGGGGGUGUACUUCUCCGCACACUGGUGCCCUCCCUGUCGCAGUCUGACUCGUGUGCUGGUGGAGUCCUAUAGAAAAGUGAAGGAGUCUGGACAGAAGUUUGAGAUUGUGUUUGUUAGUGCUGACAGGUCAGAAGAUUCCUUCACACAGUACUUCAGUGAGAUGCCCUGGCUGGCAGUGCCGUACCCAGACGAAACCCGGAGAUCCCGCCUCAAUAGGCUCUACGGCAUCCAAGGCAUCCCCACGCUGAUCCUGCUUGACCCCGAGGGUCACGUGAUCACGCGGCAGGGCCGUGCGGAGGUGCUGAACGACCCCGAGUGCCAGCUGUUCCCCUGGCACCCAAGGCCCGUCCUGGAGCUCAGCGAGACCAACGCGGUACAGCUCCAUGAGGGGCCCUGUCUAGUGCUCUUCGUGGACGCAGAGGAGGAGGGUGAGCUAGAACCAGCCAAAGCGCUGAUCCAGCCCAUCGCAGAGAAGCUCCUGUCUAAACACAAAGCCAAGGACGAGGAGAGUCCCCUGCUGUUUUUUGUGGCUGGAGAGGACGACAUGAGCGACUCUCUCAGAGACUACACAAACCUUCCCGAAGCAGCGCCACUGCUCACCAUCCUGGACAUGUCAGCGCGCGCCAAGUACGUCAAGGACGUGGAGGAGAUCACGCCUGCCGUGGUGGAGCAAUUCGUCAGUGACUUCCUGGCGGAGAAGCUGAAACCGGAGCCUAUUUAGAGCAGACGUUUCCCAUCAGCCCCUGACUUCCUCUCCUUAACCCGUGAGACUUUAAGAAGCCUCACUUUGUACUGACAUUUUCCCCUUUUUUUAAACCGACCAGCUGACUCCACCUCUAGCCGGAGUCUCCUCUCCUGUGGUGCCUUGCAUAUGCAGCCUGGAUGGUUAAAGUUCAUAUGCUGUUGCUUUUUUGUCGUCAUUUCAUACAUAGAAUGUCCUAAUGCAGGUAACCCCACAGCUACAGUGGACCUGCACGGGUCUCUGCAUUACUCGCAUUUCAUUCAGAACACGUUUAUUGGGUUUUUUAUAUAGCUUUAAGGAACAAUAAAGUAAAAGAGCAGCUGUAUUUUGGAACACACACACUUCACAUUCAUGUGGCGUUCAUCUCCUUACAGGUGCUGCUGACCACACACACACACACACACACACAUCUCUCUAGAGAAAGUGUCGAGUCCCAGCGUCUGUCUGUCUAGCAGCCUUUAACCCAGUUGACGUGUCGCUCCGGUAAUGGACGUUUUCCUCACGUUUUGUUGAUAGUUGAUGUAAAGUUACGACUGAUAAUUUUCCAUCUCACAGCACAUGGAAGGGGAUUUUCUGUGAAGGUCCCUGUACUGCAGCAGUCAGAUGUGAAGGCUAAAAGUGUUUGUCGUUCACUGUUUCUGAUGAGGCCUGGUGAUUAAAUCCCCCUGUCCCA